AUGCACCGGUACCUAAUACAUUCUGGGGAUCAUCGGCACGAGGAACAAAGGAAUCGCAUCGUAUUUGGGAACAUAGAAAGUGACGAAGAACCACAUCCUGAAACAGGUGCGUCACAUCAAGAUGAUGGAGGUGAGCCCGUCCUGGAGCAGCCAGAUGAAUGGAGGUUUUCUGAGUUCCGUCCUGUUCUCUUCCCCUUCGAAGAAGAUGCAGGGAUCAGCAACACUUGCUCCGUCACUGAGGACUCCGAGGAGCUCGACUUUUUCCUCGAGUUUUUUAUAAUGCUCUCAUCGACAACAUUUGACAAUCAAAAUGAUGGGAAUCACAGAUUAUCAAAGAUAGGAAGGGUAAUGAUUGACAUCAGGCACAAGUUUUCAACGAAAUUUAAGCCCUUCCAAGAUUUGUGCAUUGACGAAAGUCUGGUGCUGUGGAGAGGUAGGCAGUAUAUGCCUAAUAAGCGCCACAGAUUCGGCCUAAAAUUAUUUUUAAUUUGUGAUGUUGAGACAGGUAUCAUCUUGGAUUUUACAUUAUACACUGGAGCACAAACUGAGGUUCAGGUUGACUCAAAAUUUGGUUUUGCUGGUUCGGUAGUCAACGCUUUGAUAGAACCAUACCUGGGGAAAGGACAUAAUCUUUUCACAGAUAGUUAUUACGCCAGUCCAAUUCUGUUUGAACACCUACAGCAAAACAGUACAGGAGCUUGUGGCACAGUUCGACCAAACAGAAAAGGGGUGCCUUGGUUCCCUGCAGUCAACCGGGGGGAAGUUAGUGCUUGCCACAAGAACAACAUGAUGUGCUUCAAGUGGUCUGCCAAACGAAUGGUCCAUAUGUUAACAUCAAUUCACGAAAACAAGAUUAUUCAAACUGAGAAAAGAGAUUACUCUACCGGUGAGCCAAUAAGGAAGCCAGAAGCUGUGGUUGACUAUACCCGAAAAAUGCGUAUCAUUGACAAAGCUGAUAUGCUUUUGAGUUGUGUAGACAGCCUCAGAAAAUCAAUCAAAUGGUAUAAAAAACUUUUUUUUCACAUUGUGGACAUGGCAAGACUAAACUCAUAUUACAUGUAUUUAGUCAAAACAGGUGAUAGGCCCUCCUUUCUUGAAUUUAGUCACACCAUGUUGCAUCAGAUGCUUGUCAGAUAUCGAGAGCAACAAGUGCGAAGACCUCAUUCAUUUUGUCCAGUAACAAAAUUCUUGCGACUUACUGAACGCCACUUCCCGAGUUUUGUUGAGGCAACUCCGAGAAACCCAAGACCACGGAGGAGAUGUCACGUGUGUGCAAACACACAACUGCGACAGAGGAAGCGUCAGAUGACCCACUGGCAAUGCGCUGACUGUGGGAUUGCACUAUGUCUGCCUGAGUGUUUCCGUGUAUACCAUACACGUGUGAAGCUCAUUUUCUCUGUACAGAUUUGA